AUGAGGAGCAACAGUGUCCAACUGCCCCAUGCUGAGAGGCCAGGGGACAAGGGGACCCCCAACAGACUGGAUCUCACAAGCUGGUCCUUGGUGACAUCCAGAACAAGGACAGGUGAAGCAGCAGCAGGAAGCAGUGCGCAGAGACUAGAGACAGCACUGUGGGGGUCCGGCGCCUUCAUCAGCCCAACUUACCCUCAUCCGUGUUGGUUUUGGACAAGAAACCAAGGAACAAAACCAAAACCAAAACCUCCAGCACUGGCCCUGCGCGCCUGGCGGACUUCUCAGGGCCUUCCAGUGGAGCUCCGAGCUCUGCGCUCCGGGCUCUGCGCUCCGGGCUCUGCGCUCCCGGCCCUGCGCUCCCGGCCCUGCGCUCCCGGCUCUGUGGCUUCUCUCAGAAACAGAUGUUCCCACAGGACCCCACUGUGUGCUGGAAAUAGACCCAACCGGUCCGGCCCCCGGGGAGCGAGUCGGACCGUCCCUUCUGGGCUCUCCGCCCCCGGCUGCAGCCCACUGCCUGGGCAGGGGCGCGGCCCGCCCCGAAGACCACCAGGAAUGAACCCUUCUCUCAGGCUCCUCUCCUGCCACCCAGACGGGAAGGCCACCCGGCGAUCCCUAUUCUCCGCCGAAGGAAAGAAGCUCCGUUAUCAAAUCCUAGAAGACUGGUUGGUAAAUUGGCGCCGAAGGCCUGCACUGCGUUGGAGCAAGACUUUUACCCUCCUCCGCCCACAACAGCCCCACACCGCGGGGGGCAGGCACUGGGGGAUACUAGUUAUUCGAAAAUGCGUGUGAUCAGAAAUACCACACUGAGCACCGUGUCAGAAUGAUCCAUUCUUUACCAAGUCAUUUAUCCCCACUCUACCUCCAAGGAUGCGAUCCAAAUGCCUCAGGUCAACAGUGGCCUCCUGGUUACCAAAUCCAGUUGAUGGUUUUUUACCCUUACUUCUGGGAGUCUUCCUUUGGUAGUUGACAGAGUUGACCAUUGUCUACAAAUACUCCUUUUCCCUUCCUUUCCCUUCCCUUCCCUUCUCUUCUCUUUUUUCUUUCUUUCGUUCAUGUUUUUGCGGUUAAGGUGUGUGCUCACCAGAGAGAGACCAAGAGUAAAAGUGAGAAAUCA